AUGAAAACGUUUCAAAAAUAUCAACAUCGAUGUCAUCGUGGUUUUGAUUUACGUGUAUGGUUAAACAAUGAAAAGAACUUAACAACAAAUACAUGUCUUUGUCCACCUAGUUCCUAUGAUGAUCAAUGUCAAUAUCAAAAUCAACGAGUGAGUUUAACUAUUCAAUUUCAAACAUUAUCAGAUUCUUGGUCAACAUUAUUUGCUAUUAUUGUUUCGCUUAUCAAUAAUAGUGAAGAAAGAAUAAUUCAUUCAUAUGAACAUUCAUUAAUUUAUCGAGGAAGUUUAUUAUAUCCAAUAAAAUUUCCAUUUUUACCUGUUCAUCGUCUAGCAUAUAUAGUUACUAUUCCACGAAAUAAUGAAAAUAUUCAGAUAUGUUCAAUUUCUCAAUGUAUUCAUGGUAAAUCUAUCAUAUAUUCAAAUAAUCCACAAAAUGAUAUUUUUUGUCAAUGUAAUCCUGGAUGGUCUGGAAGAUAUUGUACUAUUCCUCAUGAUUGUACUUGUUCAUCAGAUUCAAUAUGUAUUGGUGUAUCUGCUCACAACCGAUCUAUAUGUGUUUGUCCUAUUCAUAAAUUUGGUUAUCAAUGUCUUCUUGUCGAUACAAUUUGUCAAUUGAAUAAUAAUUCAACAUGUUUGAAUGGUGGUCAAUGUAUUCCUAUUGAUGAAUAUAUGUCAUGGAAUCAGAAAUUUACAUGUAUUUGUCCAAAAGGUUAUACUGGUGAUCUAUGUGAAAAAGUAGAUAACAAAAUUAUUUUAUCAUUUAAAAAAGAUAUUAUUUCAUCUCCAUCAAUAUUUAUUCAUUUCAUAGAAGUUAUUAGUGAUUCACGACCAUUUCAUCUUGUUUUUAUUGAAGUUUACAAUAAAAUUUAUUAUUUAGCUAUUAUUCAAAAAAAUUAUAGCCAAUCAACAACCAUUGCUCCAACGAUAAAGCCGUCCGAUCGUUGCCAACAUGUAAAUGAAUUAUUUCAUGAAAGUUUUAUUCAAAUGCAUUGUCUUCGUCAUAUUAAAUAUUACCAUUUACCAUGUCAAAGAAAUUCAUCAAAUCUAGCUUGUUUUUAUGAUAAUGUUUCGAUUUGUUUAUGUUAUAAUUAUGGCAAACAACGUUUAGCAAAUUGUUUUGAUUUUAAUCAUGAUAUGAAAUCAGAUUGUUUAGGUCAAAGUGUUUGUGAAAAUGAUGGUUAA